AUGGCCCGCAGCAGCAUCGCCAAGCUCUCCCGGGCGGCAUCCCGCUCCCUCCGCACCUCCACCACCUCCGUCCUCCCGCGCCGCUCCUCUGCCGCCCUCCUCAACGCCACAAAACCGGCUGCCACCGCCGGCCUUGUGGUUCCGGCCCGCAAGCUCUUCACCACCUCCGCCGUCGCGACCCGCGGCAUCAUGCCCGACACGGAUGACCCCAAGGUCCCUGAGACACCCAAGGAGGAGGUCAAGACGAGCGUCGUUGAGCUCUCUGACGCCGACUACCACGAGCUCGCCGACACCUACCUCGAGACCGUCCUCACCAAGCUCGAGGAGCUGCAGGACGCCCGCGAGGGUGUCGACGUUGAGUACGCGGCCGGCGUUCUUAACGUCACCUUCCCCGGCGCAGGAACCUACGUAAUCAACAAGCAGCCCCCCAACAAGCAGAUCUGGCUCUCCUCCCCCAUCUCCGGCCCCAAGCGCUACGACUGGGUCGUCGUCGGCGACUCCCAGAACGAGAAGGAGGGUACCGCCGCCGGCGCCUGGGUCUACGCCCGCGACGGCAGCACCCUCGACGACCUCUUCCUCAAGGAGCUCGACGUGGACCUUAGCAUAGCCCCGUCGACCUACGGCGAGGAUCAGUCCUAG